GAAGUACCAGCUGGCAGGGCGGGGCGUUUGUUUGAUGUUUAUUUUCAAACUGUACACCUUACCGCGUGCACUUUUAUAACAUUUUGUGAUUUAAGCUAUUGUAGGCUACUUCACCACGGUUGGCUUUUAAUUAGAUGGCGUGACACAAAUCGAACCGCCUUGUCCGUUGGAGGUUGGAGCAGGAUGAACGUGCAGCUCGUGCCGUUGCUAGCGAAUGGAUGGACAAUAUGGACGACCCGCGGGAUGUUCAAACUUCCAAGCGAAACGGGAGCUCCAGAUCGUUAUUAUCGGCCGGUUCCGCGGUGGCAAUGGAGAUUAAACGGAAGAAAAUACGGCAGAGUGCCUUAUUCCUGCAAACAGAGAACACUAACAUACAAGAAAAGCUUGACUUUGAGAUGCGAAUGCGGGAGGGUGCCUACAAGCUGCUGCUCGCCUGCAGUAAGAGAGAACAGGUUCUUAACGCUUCCAAGAACCUGCUGACCUGCAAUGCCAGGAUCAAGGCUUAUCUCACACAGCUGCAGAAGAAGAAAUGGGAGCAGGACAUGAUGGGAGCAGUCAGGAGACUUUCAGAUCCAGCUUCAGAUGACCGUGUGCCCUGUAAUGGGACAAUUGCAAUGUCUGAUCUGCGCUUUCCUUUGAUGUGGAGGGAUUCAGACCACUUCAACAACAGAGGGAGCUCUCGUCGAGUGGCGGUGUUCUGUCUGAUACAGAUUGGCUCAGAGGUGUUUGACACACAGAUGGUGGUGGUGGACAGAUCAGUCACUGACGUCUGCUUUGAGGGAGUCACCAUCUUUAAAGAGGCAGUCCCUCAGUUUGAGCUGAAGGUGGAGCUGUGGAGCUGUGCCCUGGAGGAAGAACUCACGUUGGUAAACACGCCAAAGAAACUGGCCAAGAAGCUCCGCAAUUCCUUUGGAAAGACCGCUGGGAAGAAGCUCUGCCCUCUGCUGGACCCUCCAGACCCUGACACCUUCCUGCAGUACAACCCCAUACCCUUCCAAGCCAAGUACAGCCUGCUGGCCUACACUACACUGUGUCUGCCCGAGGCUGAAGGCAGCUUCCAGUCUCACUCCCUCAUUGUCCUCCAAGGCGCUGAGUGGUCAUCUUGGCUUCCGCUUUAUGGCAACCUCUGCUGUCGGUUGGUGGCCCAGCCUGUCUGCAUGACACAGAGCAUGAUGACCGGCUACCUGAGCCAGAAGCAAAGUGUGGAGGGGAUUUACCGCUGCUGCAGUCUUUACUGUGUGUUGAGUGCUGGCUUUUUGUCCUGUUACUUCACCCCGGAAGAAAUUGAUGCUAAAGUGCAGCCCACUCUCAACGUACCCAUCAACAAGGAUACCCGGAUCCGUGUGAUGGAGAAGGAGUCGGCAGGCCAGAAGUCCAGGAGUCUGUCCAUCAUCAACCCUUCCCCAGAGGGAUCUCAGACCAUCGUCUUCACCACAGAAAGCAGUGAGGAGCUGGAGGACUGGCUCGACGCCCUCCACCAGCACCUCUAUGAUCAGAGUCAGUGGCUGCACUGCUGCAACCAGUUAAUGAAGAUCGAGGUUGCGUCACCACAGAAACCAUCACUCUUCCUCACCAAGCAGGCUGACUCUGUUUACAAUGACCUCAGUAUAAAUUCACCUGGCAAGUUUGAGAGCAUCACAGACAUUAUCCACAACAAGAUAGAGGAGACAGAUGGCCACUUUCUCAUUGGUCAUGAAGAGGAGAAGGAAGUGGCUAAUUGGUCCACUCUGUUUGAUGGGUCCCAUUCAGUGGUAGUGCAGAAGAGUAUUCUGUCCCAGAGCAAAACCUCCACCCCUUGUUCAAGCCCCAACACCAGCUCUACAUUCAUUGGCAACAAGAAGCGCCGUGCCCCACCCCCUCCCUCUGACAGAGAGCCUUAUGCUCCUCCCAGCCAUCCUGCCAGACCUCCCCUCCCUUCUUCUCUUCAUCAUCAUCCUCCUCCUCCUCCCCCAUACCAGGAGAAGGAGAACUCUGGCACUUGCACUUCACGCCUGGCCACAAGGCCUAAAACUGGCAGACCAUCUCUGGAUGCCAAAUUCUCUGCCAUCAUCCAGCAGCUCCAGCGGAACAAUGCUGUAGGAGCCGGAGCCCUCAGCCGGAAAAAUGCUCCACUGGGCAUCCUCGAUGUACAACCACAAAGUCAGCCUCAGCCCCCUCUCCAGCAGCUUGAGUACCAGAACACUGAUGCCACAGGUGAACAUGGCUUCCUCAGACCAAGUCAUGGUCCUGGUCCUCGUCCUGUUCCUGCACCAAGGAGCAAACUGAGGAAGUCUUUCAGAGAGAGGAUGAACCUUAAAGCCUUGUGACCUUGACCUUCGACCAUAUCUAGAUUUAACCAACUAACCCUACCUUACCACUAAUACAAAUAACCAUAACAGCAGUUAGACUAUUCAACUGAGCUGGGUUUGCUGCCAAGAUUUAAAUACAAAGAUCAAUGCCACUCAUAUCUGUACGUUAUAUAUGAAGCUGGAGCCAGGAGACGAUUAUUUUAGAUUAGCAUAAAGAUUAGAAGCAGGGGGUAUAGCUAGCCUGGCUCUGUCCAAAGGUAACAAAAUCUGCCUACCAGUACCUCUAAAGCUCACAGAUUAGCACAUAUCUAUUUUUUUAAUCCAAAAACUGAAGUGUAAAAAUGACACAUUGCGGUUUAAGGGGGUUAUGUGCAAGACUAUUUCUUGGUUGGGAGCACUUACUGGAGUGGGUUUGAGGGUUAGAGUCUUCUGGUGACGACAAGACUCCAAGAAGUCACUGCUCCCAGCCAAGAAAUAGUCUGGCAAAUAAUCCCCCCAUAAAACCGUAAUUAGUUGUUUUUAUGUUUCUGUUUUUGUACAGAUUAAAUAAACAAGAUAUAACAUGUUAAUUAGUGAGAUUUUGUUACCUUUGGACAGAGCCAGGCUAGCUGUUUCCCCCCACUUUUAGUCUUUAUGCUAAGCUAACCAUCUCCCAGCUCCGUCUUCAUAAUGAGCUGUUAGAUGGGAGAGUGGUAUCGAUCUUCUCAUUGUAUUUCCCAAAAUGUCUAAUUAUUUUUUAACCUAAAAGAUGGAUGGUUGACGUGGUCUCUUAAGAAAAGAUCCUCACAUUGUCCAUCAUGGUAACCCAAAUCCCAGUUGACACCUCAUAUCACAAUAUCAAUAUUGUAUCGAUACUGAGAUCUGAGCGCCACUCUCCAUUUAUAAACUUUUUCACGUGCAGCCUGUACGUUGGCUUGAGCACCGCCAUCAUCAAUCCCACUAAAAUGGAAAGGCUUAUUUCUCAGCUCUGCCACUGGAACAUGGACCGAAGAAAGAGCCUUUGCAAAAGCACUCAAAUUGGAAUUGAUCCAUUGGCCGACUGUAGACGAGUCAUUCCUUUUGGAACUAUUGACUUAUUCCACUUACUGUGACAACUUUAUGACCACUAUAGCUGAUUUUAAGGGAACAGGAUUUUAGGAGCAAUUGCAAGCACUAAUGUGACUUCUCCAUUUCCCAGAGGUCUUAAUAAUGGAGUGACCUUGGUUUUCAGUGGCUACACAGUAUGUCCAACAUAAUUUAACACUGCAGCCCAUAAAGGCUAUGAACAUAAUUGAAUGACUGAGUCUUUUGAGUGGCUAAAAUAAUGAAUGCCCUUGUGUUUGUGUUUUGAGCAUAUCCAAUACUGCCAGCCACUACAUUUUUCAACCACUUAACAAUCACGUGUUGAAGAAUGGUCUUCAUAAUUACACAUAGUGUACAAAACAUUAGGUUUAGCUACUUUCUCUGAAAUUGCCUGGCCAGAUGAAGCAGUAUGGUGAAAGCUACAGUCCCAUUUUUUUAUUUUUUUAUUUCACCCACUAAAUUCUGUUUAAUCAAGAGGGGGAGAUGUAGUUUUGGGGGGAGGCGGAUUACAGGAGGAUUUAGUUUAAGCCUUGAAAGAACUGAGAAUGGAUUGUACAAAAGAGGAUGCUGCUCAAUAUUAGCAGUGUGUUCAAAAUGUUUUCUAUGCUCAGUGUGUAUUGCCAACACAUUAGUCACUUUGAUGUUGUACUGUAUAUACCUGGAAAAACAAGGGACACCUUAGGCUGUAUGAUUAUGGCUAAAAUCAUUACCAUAAUUAUACUGCACCUGCUGUAUCCUCCAUCAACAGCUUGGUCAUUUUCAGUUAGACUAAGCAUGCUAGAGAUAAAGAACAUUAUAUUACAUACCAAUGUUACUGAUAAUUAUUGUGAAGGCUAACAUUUCUGUAUAGUAUUUCAGAUUAAUUGUGUAACCCUAGUGAAAUCAGUUUCAGGCAACCAUUAUAUCAGAUAUUGCCCCUGUGGAUAUUAAGCUUGAGAGAGAGCUGUUUUAUGACUAAACAAGGACAGAACAUUCUCACUGAUCAGAGCUAGACUAAUGAGCCAAAUUUAUAUUAAUUUACUGUUUUAAAAAUGUGUCUUUUCAUUUGUUAAUGACACAUGACUGCAAUAAUUUGUAGGGGUUUUUUGGUAUGUUUUUGAUUAAAAUGUUCUGUGAUUCCUUUUUAGUGUAAUACUGCCAUGUCACCGCAAUGUUAGUUUUAGCAUAUGAAUAAUUUAGACUUUAAGUGGCACUGUGUUUAUGUACUAGUAAGUAGGAAUACAUUAAUCUUGUCCUAGUGCAGAAUAAUGUGUGUAUAGUGCAGGAAUAUUGUAGUUAUUUUUGUUUCUCAAAACGUGCAAUUUUCUCCUCACUGUGUUCACUGUUGUCUUGGAAGCUAACUGUAUUUUUUAUGAUUGCUGAUCUGCAAUAAAACAGCCUACAUUCUA